GUAUAGAAAAGUAUAAUUAGGCCAUGGAGCCAUCGGCACGUGAGACCUCGGGCGGAACCUCGGGCCAGGACCGUCGGCAGAGGCAGUUAGAGUUCUCAGAGAUCACCGGGAGUACCCUGGACCAGGCUCGGGUUUACCUGCAGAAAAACGGCUGGAGACUUCAGGACGCCAUCAAUGAUUAUUUUGAGCCAAGUGAAGAGGAGGAGACAGGUGUGCCACCUGGAGACCAGGCAGCUGCACCUGCACCUGGCAGUACUAGUCCAUUGGAAACUUCACAAGACGUAGUAUGCAUCAGCUCUGAGUCUGAGCAAGAUCUGGACACACAGACCGGCAUAGAACCGGCUACCGAAACUGGUCACAACCGGUCUGAACCAGUUCCUCCCGGUCUCAACCUGCUGACAUGGAACAUUGACGGCCUUGACGAGAGGAACAUUCUGGAAAGAACGAAGGCGGUUUGCAACACUAUAAACAGUCUGUAUCCAGAUGUGGUAUUCUUGCAAGAAGUCAUCCCUCAGACAUUUGCGUACAUCGAGGCCAAGUGCGACCGUUACAAGACCAUCGCCGUGGGAACAGUGGGAUACUUCACCGCGCUGCUCCUGAGGAAAAGUAGCAUCACGUUCGUCAGCCAGAACAUUCAUCCCUUCCCCACUACACAGAUGAUGAGAAAUUUGCUGAUAGUGAAGGCGCGGUUCGGAAGUGUUCCCCUGUGCCUGAUGACGACGCACCUGGAGAGCACAAAGGAUCACGCAGCUGAGCGGAAACGGCAGCUGCAGCAGGUGUUCCAGGUGCUCCAGCAGCAGGACCAAACCAACACCGUCAUCGUGGGGGGGGACCUGAACCUCCGGGACACAGAGGUCGCUGCAGUCGGAGGGUUGCCCGCCGGAACUGUGGACUUCUGGGAAGCGUGCGGAAGCCCGUCGCAGUUCAAGUUCACCUGGGACCUCACCAAAAAUGACAACCUGGACUGGAGUUUCAAAUUCCGUCCCAAAUGCCGGUUUGAUCGCGUGUAUGUCCGUUCUAGCCACCCAGACCAACUCGUUCCCGAGAAUAUAAAAUUUGUCGGGACGGACAGACUUGAGGGUUGUGGGAGGUUUCCAAGUGAUCAUUGGGGCCUGUUGUGCAGGUUCGCUAAGCCAAACACUAACAAACUCCAACAACAACAAGCAUAGUCGACAGAUGUCAGUUAUAACAAAACAGGAAACCCGGCCAAAAGAGCUAAAACAAGUUGA